CACAAUGUCUGUGUUGGAAGUGAUUUUGGGGCUAAUCUUUUGCAUUGGAGCCUUAAUCUGGUGGUGGCAAAGGUCAGCUAGGCUUCAUUGGGAGAAGAAUGGAGUUUCCUACAUCCCAGGACCUCCCUUCAUUGGUGCCCUGAAAGAUUGUUUGACGAUGAAGAAGAGUUUCGGGGAGCUUUUCUUGGACUUUUACACCAACAAAAAGUUCAAAGAUGACCCAAUCACCGGAUUUUACUUUUUCUACAAACCAAGCCUGGUUAUUCGUCAUCCAGAAUUGAUUAAGAAUAUUCUCGUGAAGGAUUUCACAAAUUUUAUGGACAGAGGCGCAAACUCCGGCACUCACGAUACAAUUGGUAGGGAUAGUUUGUUUGUGGUGAAAGGUCAACGUUGGAAAAGUAUAAGACAAAAAAUUUCACCUGUUCUAACAACAGGAAAGCUCAAAAAUUUCUUCCUUCUAAUGGUGGAUGUAUCGAAAGCUCUUGAUGAGAAGCUUUUAACCGAAAUUCAAAGUGAAUCCCGAGAGUAUGAAGUUAAAGAAUUGGCUGCAUUUUUCACAAUUGAUGCAAUUGCAAUUAGUGCUUUUAGUGUAAAGGCCAACAGUCUCCUCAAUCCGAAUGGAGAAUUCUACAAAAAUGCUAAAAAGUGUUUUGAUUUCCAUUGGAAGCGAGCGAUAGAAGCUGCUACGUGUUUUUUCCUUCCGGAAUUGGCAAUUUUAUUUCGAAUGAAAAUGUUCUCAAAAGAAACUAAUGAAUUUCUAAGAUCUUCAAUAAACUUCGUGAUUCAAGAGCGAAUAAGGAGUGGUAUAAAGCGCAAUGAUCUCAUUGAUGUCCUUAUUAGUAUGAAUGAAGAAGAUCCCGAACUUUUCAAAGGAGACACUCUUGUGGCUCAAGCUGCGGCUUUUCUUCUUGCUGGCUAUGAAACUGCUUCAUCUGUAAUAUCUUUUGCACUUUAUGAGUUGGCACGUCAACCAGAGAUUCAGGAGAAGCUCAGGAAGGAAAUUAAGGACUAUCUGAAGAAGUAUGAAUCAGUGCAGUACGAGACUAUCAAUGAAAUGGAGUAUCUCAACUGUGUUGUUCAAGAAACUCUUAGACUUUAUCCAGCUGUACCAGUUUUGGAUAGAAUUUGUACUCCACCAGAAGGAGCUGAUUCUUAUUCACUGGAUCCUUACCAUAAAUUUGCAAUUCCACGUGGAAUGUUUGUCUACAUUCCCCUUUUUGCAAUUCACCGAGAUCCUAAAUUCUAUCCAAAUCCUCUGGAGUUCAUUCCUGAAAGAUUUAGUUCUGAAAAUCGAAAUUCCAUCAAUCAGUACACUUACCUGGCUUUUGGGAUUGGACCACGGAACUGUAUUGGAUCAAGAUUUGGCUAUUUGCAGGUGAAACUAGCGCUUAUCACGAUUCUACGUAACUACAGGAUUCAAGCUACCGAGAGAACCCCAAAGUUUAUUGAAUUUGACCAGAAAUCGGUUUUUACUCAAUCCAAGAAACCACUUUACAUGAAUAUGCCUGCGAAUUCUGAUCCACACGAAGAUAUAAUUGGCAGGGAUAAUUUAUUUGUGGUUAAGGGUCUCCGUUGGAAAACCAUUCGUGCUAAAGUUUCACCGGUAUUUACAGUUGGAAAGCUCAAGAAUUUCUUCCUUCUCAUGGUGGAUGUAACGAAAAUCUUGGAACAAAAACUUCAAACCGAAAUUGGAAAUGAACCAAAAGAAUACGAAAUGAAGGAAUUUGCAUCAUUAUUCACGACAGAUACAAUUGCUUUGUGUGCCUUUGGAGUACAGGCAAACAGUCUCCUGAAUCCCAAAGCCGAUUUCCACGUUAAUGUUAAAAAAACAUUCGAAGUUAAUUGGAAGAGAGCUUUUCAAUUGGCUUCGUGCUUUUUCCUCCCAGAACUUGCUACAUUGCUUCGUUUUACAUUCUUCUCGAAGGAAACUAAUGAAUUUAUAAGAUCUUCAAUUAACUAUGUUAUGGAGGAGCGUAUUAAGAGUGGAUCAAAGCGCAAUGAUCUCAUUGAUGCUCUCAUUGCAAUGAGGGAGGAAGAUUCGGAGCUCUUCAAAGGAGACACUCUUGUAGCUCAAGCUGCUGUUUUUCUACUUGCCGGCCAUGAAACAACUUCUUCUGCACUAUCUUUUGUUUUGUACGAAUUAGCUCGACACCAAGAAAUCCAAGAGAAGGUCAGGAAGGAAAUUAAGGAAUACAUGGAAAAAUAUGGUUCAGUUCAAUAUGAAACUAUUCAUGAAAUGGAAUAUUUGCAUUGCGUCGUUCAAGAAGCUGUUCGCUUAUACCCCCACCUGCCAUUUUUGGAUCGUGUUUGUUCCCCACCAGAUGGCGAAGAGAAUUAUUCUCUGGAGCCUUACCAUAGCUUUGCAAUUCCAAAGGGAAUGACUGUCUACAUUCCCGUCAUUGCCAUACAUAGAGACGAAAAUUUUUUCCCGAACCCAGAAGAAUUUAUUCCUGAAAGAUUUAGCCGAGAAAAUCGAGACUCCAUCAACCAAUACAGCUUCUUAUCGUUUGGUAUUGGACCACGGAAUUGUAUCGGAUCAAGAUUUGGGUACUUGCAGGCGAAACUGACUCUCAUCACGAUUCUUAAUAACUACAGAGUUGAAGCUACAGAGAGAACCCCCAAAACAAUUGAAUUUGAUAGGAAGGCUCUCGUUCUGCACUCUAAGGAGCCACUUUAUAUGAACCUAACCAGGUUAAGUCAGGAUUAA